AUGUUCAUGACGCGUCACGCGGAUAUCAGAACACGGCUCUGUGUAGCUGCCCUCACUUCACUCUUCUUCUCCGUUUUUUCCCCCGGUAACCGAUUGUAAUGUCUAGUUUCACUUCUCACGUGUUGGCGUCCUAAUAUCCAGAGGCUUUGGUGCAAGUCUUGAAUGCAACAUCCUAGUGCUAGACGCUCACCAACCUUAUGGCUGCUGUCUUCUCCUCUCUCGUACGACCGGCGAAACCCCGACGUGCUUCGUCAAGCAAAGACCAGGCGACAAGCUCUCCCCCAUCUUUCAGUCGGGUCGACAGCGACGAACCCGAUCUUCGCGACCUCAAUGUCUCUCUCCAGGCCCUAACCGACAUCUUUCCAGAUGUACAACCAGAGGUCUUCCGUGAGAUGCUGUCCUCGUUUAGUGAGGACAGCAGGCUGCAGGUCAUAACGGAGACGCUGCUGAAGCAUGGGCACAAGUGGGUGCGGGGCCGGUACAGGAUGCCCGCCGAGCAGGAAGAGCAGCGGGAGACGGCGCAGAAGUACAAGUACCGGAAGGUUGAUGAUCCGAAAGAUACACGGGGCGUACCACUCGCACUCGAGGACAAGUUCCGCUCCAAGCGGUACAAGGAUGCGGCAAAGGAGGCGUUGUACCAGGAGUUCAAAGGCCUAAGCCAUUCCACAGUCAAGGCGGUGCUGGCUGAAUAUAACUGGAGCUAUACGCAGGCAAGACCUACACUGCUGGGACUUUCAAGUAAGAGUUGGAGGUCCAGCAUCACAAACUUCCUGAUGCGGCGAAAGGCACCGAGCACAAAAGACCACCCACUGCUUGUAUGGACACCCGCCGAUCUAAAGUCAUACCGUCGAAGAACACCGCUGCUCCUCAAGACCAAAUGCGAUGAGCUGAACAAGGAGCUGUACGAGAGUCUUGUUGUGCCGGAGCUGGAGAAACAACGCCAAGAGCAGAUGCAGCAGGACUUUGAGCUGGCGUUGAAGUGCAACGAGGAGCAGGCUGAAGAGGAUGGCGAGAUGUACGACUGCGAAUGCUGUUUCAUUCCAAACACGCUCCAGCAGAUGUCAACGUGCGACAUCGACGGGCACUACAUCUGCUUCCGCUGCAUACGACAUGCCAUCAACGCGGCGCUGUACGACCAAGGUUGGGCGCGCAACAUCGACACGGAGCUCUGCACGUUGAAAUGCAUAGCCCCUGUGGCUGACGGUCUGGACAACUGCUCAGGAUGUCUCCCACUCAGCUUUGUCAAGCGCGCACUCUUAGAGGAGCAAGACGGCGCAGACAACUUCACAAAACUCAACGAGCGAUUCGCGAGCGACGCACUCAUAAAGUCCCAACUCCCCCUCGUCCGCUGCCCCUUCUGCCCCUACGCCGAACUCGACGACCUAGCCCUCCCCUGCACAAACCUCUUCGCAAACCUCCGCCUCAAGCCCCGCCCCAUAAUCUACGCCUCCCUAGCCUUCGUCCCCUUCCUCGAACUACUCUGCCACAAAGCCACGCAAGCCUUCUUCUUCGCCGCAAUCUUCCUCUACACCACCCUCGCCAUCCUCUUCCGCUUCCCCAUCCUCUCCCCCUUCCAAUCCGCCCUCCGCCGCAUCCACCUCAAACGCCGCGGCCUGCGCUUCCAAUGCCUCUCCCCGACGUGCACACGUACCUCCUGCCUCGCCUGCGCAGCCCCCUGGCACGACCCACACACCUGCUUCUCCAGCCAGCUCACCUCGCUGCGCCUGACGCUCGAGCGCGCCACCACCGACGCAGUAAAGCGCACCUGUCCGCAGUGCAACCUCGGCUUCGUCAAAGCCGAGGGCUGCAACAAGCUCGUGUGUCUGUGCGGGUAUUCCAUGUGCUAUGUUUGUCGCCAGGGGCUGGCUGAGGAGGGGUACCAGCAUUUCUGCCAGCAUUUUCGUGAGCGCCCUGGUGAAGUGUGUCGCGAGUGUAGGAAGUGCGAUUUGUAUCGCGUUGAGGAUGAGGAGAGGGUGUUGCGGAGGGCGAAGGAGAGCGCGGAGGCGGAGUGGUGGGAGGGUCAGGGUGAGGGCGCGGGGGUGGGGUUGAAGGUUGAGGUUGGGAAGGGGAGGGGUGGUGGGAAGUGGAGGGAUUGGGAGGGGUGGGUUGAGCGGGUGCUUGAUUCUGUGCUGGUCUGA